UGCUCACAGAAUUCUUAUACCCUGAAGGUGGAGGCAAUGCGUUCCACCGAAACAUCAUUUAACACAAUAUCUACAUGCCCACAUGUCCCAGGAGACGACAUUUUUCAAGGUAUGAAGCUUUCAUUGCAUUCUGACACAACUGAUUGCCUGGGAAGAUUUCAUUUGGCAGGUUCAGUCAGAUUUUUGUGUAUUUUAAUGCUUGCAAUCUCAAAGAGGAAAUAAUAGAUGUCACAUAUGUUACUAUUAAUAGAAAAAUAAAUAUUUGGUUCCUUUAUGUAAGAUAAUGGUUCAAUUUUGUGAACUUGUAUUGGAGUCUGUAUCUUUAUGUGCAUGUGGUCAGUGAUGGAUUUUAUGUCAUUUUAAAACAACAGAAUUUAGGAUUCAUAUAAUGUAUUCCAUUUAUUACUUUUCCCCUCCUACUCCUUGUACUGUUUCAUAUAUACACAUACAUAUAUGCUCAGCCCUCUCAUGGGUUGUUGAUUGGAGUGAGUUAUGUGUUUUUUUUUUUAUAGAUUUUGUAUCAGAAUUGCACUUACUUUGUGAGUUAAGUUUUCCUUAUACCACUCUGCUUAUAUAUGGCAGGGCUUCUUAUGGCUGGACAAACUCCUCAGCAUGUCAUACUCAAUAAGGAACAGAGUUUGUCAGUCAACAGAAUGUCCGCAACAAACCUGGUGAUGUUACCCCAGGUGGCUCCUCCGUGGCAUCGAUCAUCAAAUAUGACUGUUGUAGACAUGGUUCCACCUGAGAUGCUACACCUUGUUGAUGCUCACUGGUACCAUUUCCGCCCCAUGAACCCAUUAUGGCAUGGUAUCCUUGGUUUUGUUAUUGCUUUACUGGGCUUCAUCUCGUGGGUUGGCAAUGGUGUUGUGAUAUAUAUAUUCUCAACCACCAAAUCACUUCGGACACCAUCCAAUCUCUUGGUUGUCAAUCUUGCAUUCUCCGACUUUCUCAUGAUGGUAAUCAUGUCUCCACCUAUGGUUAUCAACUGUUACUUUGAAACAUGGGUACUUGGUCCAUUAAUGUGUGAGCUUUACGGGAUGUGUGGCUCAUUAUUUGGCUGUGCGUCUAUCUGGACCAUGACUAUGAUUGCUCUUGAUAGAUAUAACGUCAUAGUGAAGGGCCUAUCAGCCAAACCUAUGACAAUCAAAACUGCCCUGUUCCGGAUAAUUUUGGUGUGGCUAUUCGCCCUUGCCUGGACUAUAAUGCCCAUGGUUGGGUGGAACAGAUAUGUUCCUGAAGGCAAUAUGACUGCCUGUGGUACUGACUACCUGACCAAGGACUGGCUGAGUCGCAGCUACAUUCUUGUUUACUCUGUGUUUGUGUAUUACACACCACUCUUCACUAUCAUAUACUCCUAUUGGUUUAUUGUGCAGGCAGUGGCAGCCCAUGAGAAACAAAUGAGAGAGCAGGCAAAGAAGAUGAAUGUUGCUUCCCUGAGGUCAGCUGAACAGGCCAACACCAGUGCUGAAUGCAAGUUGGCCAAGGUUGCACUGAUGACCAUCUCCCUGUGGUUCUUUGCAUGGACACCCUACCUAGUCAUCAAUUAUAUGGGCGUGUUCGAAGGUGCCAACAUAAGUCCCUUGGCUACCAUCUGGGGCUCCCUGUUUGCCAAAGCUAAUGCUGUGUACAAUCCCAUUGUAUAUGGAAUCAGCCACCCAAAGUAUCGAGCAGCGCUCAAAGAAAAGCUUCCAUGUUUCGUGUGUGGGGAAGCAGAGGGUGACACUGUAUCCCAGGCUUCAAAUGUGACAGCAACAGAAACUUCUGAAUCAAAAGCAUAGGAUUGUGUGUGAUGCUACAGCCAGCAAGCUCAUAUUGUUAUUCAGCUGUGGUUCUGGAUUUGUCUUCAGUGGUAAAGGAGGAAGGUUCAUCUCAUAGUUCAACUAUUUUUCUUCUCCAAAAAAGGCUAUCAGAGCGAUGUUGGGAUAUGACAAUAGAGUUUCAUGUAGAAACAUAUUUAAAGAGUUAAGUAUUUUAGCAUUUGUAUCACAAUAUAUAUUUUUGUUGUUAGUAUUUGUAUUGCAAAAUAAAGUUACUUUUCCAUCAAAAAUUGAUUCUCAUACUACCGAUACUAGACAAAGACAAGAUUUGUAUCUACCUCAAGCUAAUUUAACUAUUUAUCAAAAAGGAGGUUAUUAUGCAGGUAUAAAAAUAUUCAAUAAAAUGCCCAUAGAGAUCAAGAACACAUUUAAUAAUUUUAAAAAGUUUUAAGGUUGUAUUAAGGCAUUUCUUGAAUACUCAUACGUUUUAUACUGUGGAUGAAUAUCUAAAUAGAUAAUCUGUAUUAUUGUUGCAUUCAUUGUGCUGUCUAGUUAUGUAAUAUUUAUGUAUGUAUUCUGUACUCUAUAUUAUUUUAUGACAUGUUCAAUAUCCAUCUUUGGAUCUCUUGAACUUACAGUAAAUACAGAUACAAAUACAAAUUCCAUCAUGUCAAAAUCAUAAACAUCGGUGACAUUUAGGGGGAACUUUUUGCCUCAUUUUUCAGGGUCAAAAUAGUCAGAGAGAAACAAAAGGAAAAGUGAAUACUUUUCAUAUUUUGAUUUUGUCUACUAUGCUUUGCACUGUUACAACUGUAUGUAUCAAAUUAAAUUGCAAGUAUCAAAAACAAAGUCCUCAAGGAAACAUUUGGGCCUAAAUACAGUGAAUUAAGUGGGGAAUGUAGGAUAUUAUGUAGCCAGGAACUUCAUGACUUUUUCAGCUCACUGACUAUUGUGAAGGCAACCAAAUCAAGUGGGAUAUUAUAGACUGAAAAUACAUCAUUUUGGCUGGGAAACAUGUUGAAAAGAAGCUGUUUGGAAGACAGAGAAGAUGUUUGGAGUAUAAUAUUAAACUGAUUAAAAAAAUGAUUGUAAAGUUUGAAAUUGUUUGAACUAACUCACAGUUGUAUCCAGCAAUACGACUUUGUAUUUUCAGUAAUGAACUAUUUGAUUCCCUUACCAGAAUGUUAGUUAUUUAGUUAGCUGGUUCAAAUACUGAAUUAA